AUGGAAAGGGAGGUGCAGCUGAUGGAGGGGAGGCCGCAGGCGUGGCCGCUCCACAUGAUGGGGAUGGCGGCGUCUGGUCCGACCACCAACUGCUUCGACGACUACAGCAGCAGCAGCAGUAGCAGCGGCGGCGGCGCCGGCGACUGCUUCCUGCUCGGGUGGGAGCAGCUAGCAGCGCCGGCGCCGUUCGGCUGCUUCGGGCUCCUCGCCGCCGACGUCCACGACCUCUUCCCGCUCUGUACAUACGAGUCGACCUCUUCUGUUGCUGGCCGACCUUUCUUUGCCCGGACUAUUGGUGAUCCUCGUCGGUUUCACUUUGCAGUCGCCGCAGGCAUGGAGCCGCCGGCGCUGCCCGCCCCACCGCCGUCGGCGCACGACGUGGCCGCCGCAAUCCCCGGCGAGCUGGACGACCUUCUCCUGAGCUUCUGGGGCACGAGCUGCCGCGACGGCGACGUGGGCGGCGAGCCGCUCAAGGCGCAGCAGCAGCAGCAGCACGCCCAUGAUUUCCGCACGAUCGAUGCAUGGAUUGGUGAUGAUGACGACGAUGAUCCCUUGAGCUCGAUUUUCUCGGCGGGUCCCGCGCCGGCACUGGCAGCGGAGAGAGCGGUGUUCCACCAGCAGGCCCCCGCCGCAGAGGCAGAGCCCCUCCCCAGCUCGUCCUCCUCCGACUGCCACGGGGACCCGCGGGCCGUCGGGGUCGACCUGCAGCUGCAGCUGGUGGAGGGGCAGGGGCAGGGCGCCGCGUGGGCGCGGACCCCGCCGCUGCCGAGGAGGACCUCCGCCCCCUCGCUGAAACGCGGGACACGCGAAGAGUCGUCAUCGGAGCAGGUCGCGGCGGCGGCGGAGUGCAGCAGCCAGAGCAACGACGGCAGCAACAAGCGGCGGAAGGCGGCCGCGGCCGCGGGGGUGGUGUGCCCGUUCGCGCUGCUCAAGCCCGACGGCCUGGACGGCGGCGCGACGCUGGCGGACAUCAACGCGCGCAUCCUGAUGCGGCCCGCGCGGCCGGUGCGGCACCCCGUGGGCGAGUUCGCGUGCGCGCCGCGCGUGUCCGCGGACCAGCCGGGCAUCUCGGGCAAGGCCGUCGCCAGCUUCACGCGCCUGCACACCCCCGGCCGCGGCACCAUCACCAUCAUAAGGACGCGAGGCUAG